AUGUCCUGCGGCCAUACAAUCCACUCCCCUCCAACACACUGCGAGAAAGGCGCGCGCUGCCAGCAGCAGCAGCCCCAGUCCGCCUUCCUCGAAGACAGCUGCGCCGCCUGUCACCGCCCCACGAGCUACGCCCAGAACCGCACGCGGUAUGAAGCCGAGCACGCCUUGCUGAUGGGUGAAUACAUGCAGGCCGACGCCGCGGGCGACGAGGACGGCAUGCGGCGCCUCCGGCGCGCUAUGCUGGAGCACACGCGGCUGCUGCGCCAGCUUAAUUUUGCGGUGAUUUUGGUGAGGGAGGAGCCGUGCGGGGAUGUUAAGUGGCCUGCUUGUGAAUGA